AUGAAGGACUGCAUUAGUGUUUGUGGUGGUGAGUUUCAGCUUCUUCGCGUAACUCCAGACUUAUGCAAUGAAGUGAAAGAGUUAUUGGUAAAUAUAUCGGUAAACCAUGAAUUCGGGUGUUUGAUCACCAAUCUGAAGGAAUCGCCAUUGGCCACAUCUGAGCUUGGAGAAAUAAUUAGGCAUAUCCUUUCCCUAGGAAUUUCUUUUGCCAUUCGCCAUGUGGAGAGUGGGAUAAUUGUGGCCGGAAUCGCCAAUAUAAUAUUUAAUGUGAAAAGGAAGUGCUCAUAUUACGAUACGUGUGCCAAGAUCAAAAGCCCAAACAUGUUGGAAUAUAUCAAGUUGUGGGAUGCCGUCGAUGUGAGCAUGGAUAUCAAUGAACUUUGUCAGGUAGACAGCACUGCGGAUGUGGAAUACAUGGGCACUUUGCCGGAAUUCAGGCGACGUGGUCUGGCCAAUAUUUUAUGCCAACAUACCAUCGAUUUUGUCAGACUCAUGUCCCAGGGAAAGCUUCCUCCGGAUGUGUUCGCCCAGUUGCCCAACGAGAUGCAGAUUGAAAGACCAAAGGCCGUUGUCACCAUAGCCACUUCUGUAGCUUCGAUUAAAUUAGGCCACUUCUUGGGAAUGCAAGUCGUUCAUAAGUGGCAUUUUUCCGAACUAAGAAAAUUAGGAAGAAUUGCGGAGUCCAUAGACAAAAAGUCUUUCGAAUAUGCAGAACUGCAAAUAAUAAUGGUUUAA